AUGAUAAAAGAAAACAAUAAAAAUAUUAAUAGCGAUAAUAAUAAUAAUAUUAAUAAUAAUAAUAAUAAUAAUAAUAAUAAUAAUAAUAAUAAUAAAAAUGUUCAAAUUCCAAUUUAUAUACAAAAAAAAAUAUAUAAAUAUUUAAUUAUAAUGGAAUUAAAUAAGAGUGAUCAUGAUUCUUAUGAAAUCAAUUCAAAGAUGAUUGAAAAAUUUUCACUUUUAUCAUGGGAAUGGUUUAAUUUUAUUUCAUCAAAAAUUUAUCACACUUUAAUUAUCAAAGAUUAUCAAAGACUUGAACCAUUAAGAACCAAAGAUAAUGAUAAUAAAUUUUUAUUAAAAAAACCAGAAUCUGUAAAAUAUUUAAAAUUAGUUAACAUUAGUAAAUUAAAUGAAGAAAAAGUGAAUGAAACUAUAAAAUCAUUGGUAAAUUUAAAAUGGAUAACUUCAGAGCACAAUAAUUCAAUAUUUCAAAAAAUUAAAUUUAAAAAUAUUAGAAUCAAUAGUAUGAUUCUCAGAAAAUAUGAAGGACAGCUUCUUGAUCAUUAUGUUAAACGAGUUGAUUUUCUUCAUAUUGAAUCUCAAACACAAACUAAAAAUAUUAUUGAAGCGUUUAAAACUUCAAAAAUUUAUGGAUUCAAUCUAGAGUUAAAACAAAAUUACUCUCAAUUUAAUAUUACUAAAUUUCCUUGGAAAGAUUUAAUAGAGUGUCAAGUUCCAUCUGUAAAUGUACAAACAAAUAAAAGUUGUGUUACUGAUGUUGUUGAACAGCAACAACAACAAAUGGUCAACAUUGAAAGUAUAACUACUGAAAAUAGAUUACAAUGGUGUAAAGAUGUUAAAUUUUGUAUUUUAAAUGUUAAAAUGUUAAAUGAAUUUUUAAAAUCAACACCAAGAUUAAGAGAUUUAACCAUUGGUAUUUGCUUUUCAAAUUUAAUUUAUAAACUUUAUAAAAGAUAUAGUUCAAACUAUGAUGAAGAUGAACCAAACGUUUUAAAACCAUGUAGUUGCUCAAAUUCAUUUGAAAGAUGUUUUACUACGGAGAUUGAAAAUUCAAGAGUUGUUUGUUAUGAUGAUUUAUUCUCUGUUUAUUGGGAUGAAAUUUGUACAAUGUUAAUAAAUCAUAAAAAUUUGACAAUAUUAACCAUUACCGAUAGAUGUUUCAAUGAUAGAAAAAUAAGAUAUGAUGGUAUUGAAGAUGUAAUUACACCACAACUAUCAACUCCUGUAAUAACAACAUUGGAACAAAAUCAACACUUUUUCCAAUCAUUUGUUAAUUUAAUAUGUUCAACAAAUAAAUCAAUUAAAACUUUGGUUAUUAAUGCAUAUGAUUUCGUUCAAUUAGAUAUAGUAUCCAUUUUAAAUAACUCUAAUAGUACCAUAGAUACCUAUCAUUUCUCUUUCAAUGUUUCAACUGAUAAAAUAUACCAUACUAAAUCUAUUGAAAAGGUUACAGAAUACUUUAAUAAAUCACCAAAUAAUAUAAUCAAAUCUUUUAAAAUUACAAAUAAUUCUCAUACUGAAUUUAACUAUAAUCAAUCUAUAAAAAGAACUUUACCAAUUAAAUACAAUUCAAUUCUUUUAAACUUUAAAUAA